AUGUGCGAACUUCUCUCGAAAUUCAUGAUCACUCAAGGAAUCCCGUUCGAAAAUAUCAAUAGCAACUCAUUCCGAGAACUUCUCGAACAUUUCGAACCGGAUAGUGUGAUUCCGACGGAACAAUCACUGAGAGCAAGUUUGAAGAGAGCAAAUGAGCAAGUGAUUGAUUGUGGAAAAGGAAAUUCGAUAAGUGUGACAAUAGAUAUCACAAAUGGAGUUGAGGAUCAAGAGGAGGAAUAUCUCGUCUUCUCAAUUCAUCAUUUUCAAGAUUUUUAUAAUCGAAAAGCGACAAUCUUUUUUGAGAAAUUGGAGAUUGCACAAUUCAACUGGACAAGUCUCUGGUCUCGAAUCCAGAACGCCUUCAAAUCCUACACAAAUUUCAACACAAUCAACGUUGUCUGCUCGUCUCCAGAACUCUCAGAAAUCUUCAAGUCAUCUGAAAAUGCUAGAAACGAGUACAUAUGCUUCUAUCACUAUAUGAGCAAGUUCUGCGGAGAUGUCUUGGAAAUUGAGAAAGUGAACAAUUCCAUUGGAAUUUUGGAGAAAUUUCUGGAGAUUGUGAAGAGUGUUCCAGAGGUUUAUGAGUGUUAUUUAGAAAACCAACCAAUGAAAAAUUGGGAUCCAAAACUUCCAACACUUCCAGCAGAUAGAAAAUCAUGGCAGUCUAUGUUACAUUUCAUGACGAGAUGUCUAGAAAUGGACCCAACAUUCCGCAUGCUCUCUGAUAAAUGGAACAUAGAGAACUACAUCACAACGGAAGAAUUUAAUGAUCUACUCUGUGCUCAGCGAGUUCUGACUGAAUGUAACAAGUGCACACAGGAGCUGAGUGAUUCGAAGUCUACAAUCUCUCAAGUGAUACCUGCGAUUUCUAAGAUUCACUUGUUUUUGUCAUCUGAUAAGGAUUUUGAAGUGCAGAACGGCGAUCUCGGGAUGGAGAUCAAAAAGUUGUUCGCUGCCACUUUCUCUACAUUAACAACUGAAGACGUCAGUGAGAGAUACAAUAGUGCAACGCUUCUGGAUCCAAGAUAUGCAUUCAGAAACGAUAUACAUCCGACUGCCACGUGGACAUCGAUCGCGAGAAAACUGGAAUCUGAAAUGGCUGAAGAAAUCAGCACUUAUCGCAGAAUUUGCCGAGAUGAGCGUCCUACUGACAACGAGAAUCCGUUCAGUUGGUGGGCUCUGCGUCAGGAUCGGAUGCCUUUGCUAGCCGAGAAGGCACGUGGAUUCUUGUCGUGCCCAGCAGUCACUAUCGAUUCGGGAUUCUUUUUUGGAGCUGGUGGAAAAUUUUCACAUAUUUGCAAGGCUUAUAGUAAGAAUAAUAAUGUCGAUUGGAUGAAAUACGCAGGAUUGGAGCAACAAUUCAGAGGGCGUGGAACUGAAUUCGAGUACAAAGGCGAGGGAUUCACUAGGCCUAUUCUGGCUUUCAGAGAAUCUGACGAUGAGCCACCAUUUAAAAAAUCAAAAAUGAGGGAUAUUCCGAUAUUCAAAAAGCCUCCAGGAGAGCAGAAUACUGUAUAUGAUUAUCUGUCCACAAGAGUGAAGUGGAAACCCAGGAACUACAAGCCAAGAGAAGUUUUAUCAAAUGCUGCACUGAAAAAUGUGUUCGCAGUGAAGGAGAAAAGUCGGGAGACUUCUGAAGAGGAUUUGCAACUUAAAGGAGAAGUUAAACCGGAGCCGUUUGAUAUAUUUGGAGGGAUGUAUAAUACUGAGGAUAGUUGGAAUGCAAUGGAUCCAGAUGAAAAAACCGAGGAGAUUGAUCCAUGUUUGUUGCACUUUCCUGAUUAUAGCGACUCGCCGUCUACGUCGGAACAGGCAAUGGCAAAUGUUGGCUACAAAAAACAAUGCAAUCGACGCUGUAUUCUCUGCAGUCGUCUUCGUAAUCAUCUCGCUGCCAAGAAUGUUACAAUCAUCGGAGAGAAGCUUCUGAUGGGAAUAGCCGCUAUAAAUACCGGACGAGUUUCCCAAAACCAUGCCAAAAUGGUUUAUUCUCGUCGAAAGAAAACAUUUUUCUGUCGAGAACACUACGGGGAGACUGUGAAGGAGUUGAUGAAAAUAUUGAAUUGCAAGCAUGUUGAUGAUAUCUCGACGUGCUCAAUGGCUCCAAUUCAACCGAUUUGUGAUGUGGUCACCGAGGGGAAUGUGGAUUUAUCGGAUAAUAAUUUUAGAGCAUUCUUCAUUCAUUUUGUUCAGAAACAGAUAAUCGAAAAACAAGGUCUCCUCUACAAAAAUGGACAAACAACGAAUGGCAUUGAAUUAACCGGAUUGAUGGAUAUACUUUAG